CCGCAGAUGACCUGUGCGGGAGCGGGCGGGCGGGCGGGAGGCGGAGUCCGCGGGGAAAACGAAACUGAGAGGAAGCAGCCCAGACCCCGGCGGGGUUCGCGGACAGCAGCGGCGCCUGGUCACUGGAAGAAGAAAUGGCUGAUGAUCUUUCAGUAGGUUUCUACAUAGGAGAACUUAACAAAUACUGUCAGAAGAACAACAUAGAUGUUAAUUAUCGUGAAGUGUCUAAGACAGGACCUCCACAUGACUUAAGGUUUACAAUUCAAGUUAUAUUAGAUGGGAGAGAAUUUCCAGAAGCUAAAGGCAAAUCAAAGAAGGAAGCAAAAAAUGCUGCAGCCAAAUUAACUCUUGAAAAACUUAAAGAAGAACGGGAAUCUAGUCCUUUAUCCCUGCCGACAACAGAUACUUCAGAUGAUUUAUCCAGUGAGAAUUUCGUAGGUCGUCUUGAUAGGAUUGCCCAAAAGGAAAGACUGUCUGUAAAUUAUGAACAAAGAAGUGAAUUGAGCCCCAGUGGGGCCGGAAGUUUCUUUUGUAAAUGCAAAAUUGGACAGAAAGAAUAUCCUGGUGCUGUAGGUUCUACUAAACGGAAGGCAAAACAGUUGGCUGCUAAACUUGCAUAUGAACAGAUACAAUUAGAAAAAAGCUCAACGAAAGGUGAUUUGGGAUCCGCUGACGCUCCCCUGGCUGGGUCCAGUGACUGUGGGAGCAGCUUCUCGAUGGCACCCAAUUCUGAAUCAUCCUCUGAAAGUGGCUUUUCAGGAAAUGGAUCAGAGAGAAAUUAUAACAGUGACAGAGUUAGUAAUGCUCUUUCAUCUUCUGUGGGUAUUCUCAGAAAAAGUUUGGAGAAUGUGAAAAUAAAUUCGGCAUCUACAUUUGACUCUCCUGUAAACGAGCGUACUGUGGAUGAGCGGUUGAUCAAGGAUUUUGAAGAAAUAACACCAAUUGGCUCCGGUGCAUAUGGCAGUGUUUUCAAAGCAAAACACAGACUUGAUGGGACGACUUACGUUAUUAAACGUGUUCAAUACAAUGAUGAGGACGACGACAAAGACGAGAAGGUAAAGCGUGAAGUAAAAGUUUUGGCAAAGCUUAGUCAUCCAAAUAUUGUUCGCUACUAUAAUAGUUGGAUUGGAGAAGAUUACAUCAAAAGAUCAUUGAGGAAGUGCCUUUUCAUCCAAAUGGAAUUCUGUGAGAAAGGGACAUUGGAAGACUGGAUUGAGAUCAGAAGAGGGGAGAUUCCAAACAAGGAUUUGUCUUUGGGAUUAUUUCAGCAAAUAGUAACAGGAGUGGAUUAUAUACAUUCAAAGGGGUUAAUUCAUAGAGACCUUAAGCCAAGUAACAUAUUUUUAGUAGAUAUAAAACAAAUAAAGAUUGGAGACUUUGGACUUGUAACCUUCCAGGAACAUGAUAAACAGCGGACAGAAAACUGGGGAACUCGACUCUACAUGAGCCCAGAACAGCUCGCUUCAGUAGAAUAUGGAAAUGAAGUGGACAUCUUUGCCUUAGGGCUAAUUCUCUCAGAGCUUCUUUAUAUACCUCUCAGUCGUCAGGAAACAUAUAAGAUUUUCGAAGAUCUAAGGAAGGGCCAUGUCUCAGAUAUAUUUGAUGACAAAGAAAAAAUUCUCCUACAGAAAUUAGUUGCGACUGACCCCAAGAUGCGACCCAAAACAUCUGAAAUACUGAAGACUUUGAAGGAGUGGAAUAAUGUUCCAGAGGAAAAAAUGCGAAACACGCGUUAGUGCCUUUCUAAAAAAGUAGGCUGCUUCUGAUGUUCAAUUUUCUUGUAAUUGUCUAAAAUCUGCUAGGGAAUAUUGAUGAUAUUUACCUGUUAUUUUAAUUUUUCCCUUAUUUUUUUUAAAUACAUUUGCAGAAAGGUUUACACCUU